ACCUGAGGAAAAUUAAAGAAAAGAAAAGAAAAAGGAAGUAAUCUUGCAACCCAUAAAUAAGAUUGCAUUCAACAUUACAAAGCAUCUGUAUCAUCUCUAAUAAAGUUCAUCCAUGGCGAACGUUGGAGGGAUUGGGAGAACACGCUCACGUAGCCGGAUAGUUGAAGACUUUGUACCUUAUUCAGGAUGGACAGAGGACGCAAAAGGCCAUUAUCUCCUCAUCGAUCUGCCUGAUUUCAAGAAGGAAGACGUAAAGAUUCAGGUAAGUGAUCAUACCCCAGGCCAGAUGACAGUCACAGGAGAAAGGAAAGUAGAUGAGGACAAAUAUAUUUAUUUUGAGAAAACCUUCGAAGUGCCAGAAAAUACAGAGGUCGAUCAGAUCACCGGACAAUUUGACGGUGAGUUUCUGCAUGUAACUGUCCCAAAGCAAGCAGUAGAAGAUGAGAGAGAUGAUGGGAUUGUGAAAGAAUACGUUGAUGGCAGUGCACAAGAAAAUGAACAUGAAGAACCACCUACCAAUGAUGACAAUUUGAGCAGAGAUGAUGAGCACCACCAAGAUGGAAACAUCCAUGGCAGCUGCCAAAGUGAAGAGGAGAAACGUCAGAGCAAGGGAAAUUCCCACAUGGGUUUUCCGGAAGAGACAAAAAAGAAAUGGGAGAUUAAUCAUGGUCACUCCAUUAUUAAUUUAAAAAGUGUUGCAAAUAUGCUUAAAAGAAAUAAGGAGAUUGUAAUAACAGCUGUAUUAGCCUUCUCUCUAGGGGUAUUGGUUUCACGUAUGUUGGAAUAAUCGGCCAUUGAUGAAGCUCUUAACCCUGCACUCUCAUUAUUAUACGUAUUUGUAAUCACAGAAUAAAAAUGCCUUCUCAAAAAUCCAAAUA